GGCACUUCCGGCGGCUCGAGCUGGGCGAGGUCGUCCUAUGGCGGGGUCCUGGAAGCUGGUGCGUGCUUCCCUGCAGCGACACAGGUUCCACACUGCUGGGAGUCACUACAAGGCUCGGACCAGUGCGGAGCACCUGUGGCUGACGAGGCACUUGAAGGACCCGUUUGUGAAAGCUGCGAAGGUGGAGAGUUAUCGGUGUCGUAGCGCCUUCAAACUUCUGGAGGUGGACGCGAAGCACCGGAUCCUGCGGCCUGGCCUCCGGGUGUUAGACUGCGGGGCGGCCCCUGGGGCGUGGAGCCAGGUGGCUGUGCAGAGAGUCAACGCUGCAGGCACAGAUCCCAGCAGUCCUGUUGGCUUUGUGCUCGGGGUUGAUCUUCUUCACAUAUCGCCCCUGGAAGGAGCAACAUUUUUAUGCCCUGCUGAUGUGACUGACCCAGGAACCUUCCAGAGAAUCCAAGAACUGCUUCCUGGCGGGAGAGCAGAUGUGAUUCUGAGUGACAUGGCACCCAACGCCACAGGGAUCCGGGGCCUGGAUCACGACAGGCUCAUUGGCCUGUGCUUGUCCCUUCUGGACCUGGCUCCCGACAUCCUGCACCCUGGGGGGACAUUGCUUUGUAAGACCUGGGCUGGAAGUCAAAGCCCCCGGUUACAGAAGAGACUGACAGAGGAAUUCCAGAACACGAGGACCCUGAAACCUGAAGCCAGCAGGAAAGAAUCAUCAGAGGUGUACCUCUUGGCCACACAGUACCGCAGAGCAAAGUGGUCUGUGAAGGGCUGAGCUUUUUGGCCGUUUCUGGUCCUCUUCACUGCAAGUGUAGCCCUCACUCUUCUGAAUGUGGCUGGGGAGGCCCGGGCUUGCCCUGGGAUGCAGCGGGCAGGACCAGUGGGGGACCUUUUUUUAAACCAAAAAGAGGAUAAACUGUAUUCAGUAGCCAUGAUAAAAAUCGGUCUGUCACGUGAUCUGUGUAGAGAAAGUUCUCAUGAGAAAGAUAAAAGGAGGAGACAGGCUGGGGAGGGAGGCAGAGGGACACACCUUCCUGCCCUGGUCUCCUCCUUCAGACUGGGCUAGUGUCAGAGCAGGUCCCCAGGUCGCUCCAGGAACCUCACAGCUUUCCCGUUGUGAUUUUGGCUCCACAGUAUAACGUAGAAAAAUGUGAAAUUUCAGUCGGGAUUCAUUCCGCACGUCCGGUGAAUGACCUGGCAGCACUCCUUGGUCAGCAGUUAGGGGAGGCUGCUGGGGCGGGUGUGUUCCAGGCUCCCUGGACAGUAAAGGUAUUGCCGCACGGGAGCAGUGUGUCCAUUUCUUUCCCUCGGGUCUCCUGCGACUUGCGGCCGCUUUAGGAAACGAGACAGGCUGUCAUCCGAAGGGAUUUCCAUGCUUUCGGGUUGGGCUCCAGACUGCGCUCUUCAAAGCCGCGUCCCGGCGGCGGGCUCCUCCCCCAGAAGGGCUGACGACUGCUGGGGCGGUCGGACCCCCAGGACCAGCCUCCACGGCAGCCCUAGGCCGAGUGGACGGCAGGCCGGGCCGCCUUCAGCCUGCUCUCCGGUUCGGGGGUGGUCCGCUAGCUAAGUCCGGGAACCUUAGUCCCGCUCGCCCACCUGCUCCCCCCGGGCCCUUCAGUU